AUGGCGCCGCUGUCGGCCGUCGCCUUUUUUCUGCUAGUUGUGAUUGGUGUUUGCCUCGGUGAGCUGACUGUCGCGAGCUCCACCUUGACAACGGCACUGUCUUCGCACGUCCUUAACGUGACCCUGAGCGGUGCCGGCGCGGGGUCCAAUUGGCCAACGACCACUAACGCGCUGAGCGCCAUCACAUCUACAGUUAACACCACGGUGUGCAGUGGCUUGCCAUCCGGGGUCAUCCACUGCGACGCGUAUCUCAUGCGCGUGUCCGAAACCACACUCGGUCUCCAGCUGAGCAUCGUCACUUCGACCGCCCUUGCGGGAAACUCCACGUACUACCUACUCUCGCAGUGGGUCAACGGCGGCAGCGCGACUAUCUUGACGACACUGACGCGCCUGACGUCGGCCUGCGCAGAGGUCCUCGGCACCUCGCUCUCCAGCCUCGCAGUCACCACCGGUGCCUAUACCGUGCCGUGCCGCAACUCGGAGACGUAUUCCUACCUUCCCGCGUGUGCUGCAGCAGAGGUCCCUGUGACAACGGCCUACAUUCUCGCGCCGUCUUCUGACCUACAGGCUUACUUCUCUGCGUACCUAUGCGGCCCCACUGCCUCGGAGACGUGCAGAAACAGCAUCGUUGUUCAGUUGCCGUCAGAGUUGUCGCUGUACACUGUCGUGACCAUUAAGAGCUUACCGAAAGCGUUGGAGGCUGUCCUGGCAUACGUCGCCGAUGUCCGCGCCGGCUUUGCGGGCGUGCCUCAGGCAGUGGGCCCGGGAGUGGGCAACACCGCGGCGGCGCUAACCGCUAGCGCGGUUGAGCUGCGGUACCGAGGCAUGCAUGCGGUACUCUUCUCCACGGACGAGAAUAAGCGAAUGUACUCCACCACCACCCGUAUGACGAUUGAGUGUCACUCGAGCUUCGGCUACUGGGCCUUGGUCUUCAUCGCAAUAGUCCCGCUCUGCGCCAUCCUCUUCCGCUACGUGUGGUUCCGAGGACGGCAACGGUCCAAAAAGCAGGAGCGCCGCCGCGUCGUCGCUGAUGAGAUGCGCAUCAUGCAAGGGUACACGAACCCGGCCGAUGCGCAGGGCGCAGGAAGCGGGCCGCCGCCUGGUUUCGACACGUCCGUCACUGGUAUCAGCAACACCGCGCCGCACUGGGUCAUGGAUGCGAACGGUAACUACUACGACGCCAACGUCGCAGACGCCGACCCCGCCGCGCAGGCCGAUGCGGCAACACACCAGGCGUACGUGGCCCCUGACACUGGUGAGACACACCAGUAUGUUGUCGAUGACGCAAACAGCGCAGGCGCGGCGGCGGCGGCGGCAUCACAGUCGUCACAGCAAACUGGGAAUAUCACGGGCGACAACGCGUUCUACCAGACCUACGUUAACCCCGAGACCGGGGAGACGUACCAAUACACAACCGGUGCGGCUGCGGCGGGACAAGAACAGGGGCAGGCAGUCGAAGCGCCUGUUGCAAAGGUGCNNACGGACGAGAAUAAGCGAAUGUACUCCACCACCACCCGUAUGACGAUUGAGUGUCACUCGAGCUUCGGCUACUGGGCCUUGGUCUUCAUCGCAAUAGUCCCGCUCUGCGCCAUCCUCUUCCGCUACGUGUGGUUCCGAGGACGGCAACGGUCCAAAAAGCAGGAGCGCCGCCGCGUCGUCGCUGAUGAGAUGCGCAUCAUGCAAGGGUACACGAACCCGGCCGAUGCGCAGGGCGCAGGAAGCGGGCCGCCGCCUGGUUUCGACACGUCCGUCACUGGUAUCAGCAACACCGCGCCGCACUGGGUCAUGGAUGCGAACGGUAACUACUACGACGCCAACGUCGCAGACGCCGACCCCGCCGCGCAGGCCGAUGCGGCAACACACCAGGCGUACGUGGCCCCUGACACUGGUGAGACACACCAGUAUGUUGUCGAUGACGCAAACAGCGCAGGCGCGGCGGCGGCGGCGGCAUCACAGUCGUCACAGCAAACUGGGAAUAUCACGGGCGACAACGCGUUCUACCAGACCUACGUUAACCCCGAGACCGGGGAGACGUACCAAUACACAACCGGUGCGGCUGCGGCGGGACAAGAACAGGGGCAGGCAGCCGAAGCGCCUGUUGCAAAAGGUGCUCAAGACACCGCUGCCGGCGACGGCUACCAAACCUACGUAGACCCGAGCACCGGGGAGACGUACCAAUACACGCAGGCGGACGCCAAUGCAGCGGCACACGAGUACCAGUACGCCAACUCGAACGCUGCAGCCGUCUACGAGUACGUUGACCCGACAAACGGUGAAACCUACCAGUACACCGCCGAGGCUGGAGAGAACAACGGUACAGCGGCGGAGCAGGGACAUGGCGCUGCCGGUACCGGUAACGUCUACGUUGACCCUCAGAGGGGGGAGAUGUACCAGUACGAGGCACUGCAGCAGUAA